CGGAAGUAUGAGUUGGAGGAUAAUGAGUGGGUAAUACUACAGCAAUUGCGUGAUAUACUAAAGGUUUGCACUCUUUGUUUGACACUUUGGCGCAUAUGCUUAUGUUAUAUUGUUUGCUCUUGUUGGAUUCUAAAGGAUGCCACACUUUACUUCUUGUGUGCAACACCUAACCUUGCGACAGUGAUACCAGCAAUGGAUCACGUCGACAAGAUGCUCAUGUCCUAUUCGCACAAUAAGAUAUAUUUACCCUCGAUUCAUUCAGCAGUUCAGCUUGUGAAAAAA